AUGGAUCGGAGGAGGAUCACGGUGCUCCUGGUGGAGGACGAGGAGAUCCACAGGGUUGUGGCGAGAGCGGUGCUGAGGGCGGCCGGCGUGGAGGCGGACGAGGCGGAGAACGGGGCGGAGGCGGUGCGGCGCGUGCGGGAGCGCGUCGGAGGCGGCGGCGCCGGCGCGUAUGACCUCAUCCUCACGGACAAGCAGAUGCCGGUCAUGGAUGGCCACGAGGCGACGAGGCAGAUCCGGGCGAUGGGGGUGACCACGCCGAUCGUCGCCGUGUCCAGCGACAGCCUCCCGUCAGACGUCCAGGCCUUCAUCGCCGCCGGCGCCGACGACUUCACGCCCAAGGUGACGAUCCAUCCAAUCCACCGGAUCAAUCGUGUUUUGCUCCUGAUGUGCGUACCGAACGCCCAUGACUCUCGCUCUGACCGUUUGCUGAUGCACGCACACGCACCCAUCCCAUGCAUGCAGCCGCUGACCAAGGAGAAGCUGGGCCACAUUCUCUCCAAGUUCGGGCUUGCGUAG